CGCGUGUUCGACGGCGGGAGAGCGCGGGGGUGCUGCGCCGCCGCCGCCGCCGCCGCGAUGGGAGGCCCGUGAGGCGCCGCGGAGGGUCGCAUCGCCGGAGUAGGCGCCGCCGCCGCCGGAGCAGCCGCGGCGGUGGCGGUGGCGGUGGCGGCGGAGGAGGAUGGGCCGGCCCGCGGGACGCCCCGAGCGCCUGUGCCGGGGGCUGCUGGCACUGCUGCUGGCGCUGGGCCGCCUGGCGCCGCCGCUGCUGGCCAAGAGCCUGGAGCCGGUCUCCUGGAGCGCCGCCAACGCCAAGUUCAUGUCUGGGAUAGGGCUGGUCAUUUAUCCAGAAAUUGGGGAUAAACUGGACAUAAUCUGUCCGAAGGCAGAGCCAUCCAAACCAUAUGAAUACUACAAGUUGUACCUAGUGAAACGGGACCAAGCAGAGUCCUGCAGCACCGUCAUGGACCCGAACGUAUUGGUGACCUGCAACAGACCGGAGCUGGACAUUCGUUUUACCAUCAAAUUUCAGGAGUUUAGCCCCAACUACAUGGGCUUGGAAUUCAAAAGACGCCAGGAUUACUUUAUCACAUCCACGUCCAAUGGGUCUCUAGAGGGCUUGGAGAACAGAGAAGGAGGGGUCUGCCAAACACGUUCCAUGAAGAUCGUCAUGAAAGUGGGACAGGAUCCCAAUGCGGUGAUGCCAGAGCAGCUGACAACAAGCCGGCCCGGCAAGGAUUCGGACAAUACGGUGAAAAUUUCUACGCAGAGCCCCCUUAACAGAUUCCCGCCUGUUGUGGAGGACCCAGGGAGGCCAGACCCUGUUAACCAAGAUGGCCAGGAUACCCAAAGACCAACUGAUGGAUUCUUCAGCUCCAAGGUGGCCGUGUUUGCUGCGAUUGGGGCUGGCUGUGUCAUUUUCAUCCUCAUCAUCAUCUUCCUCAUCGUCCUUCUCAUCAAGAUCCGGAAACGGCACCGGAAGCACACUCAGCAGCGGGCGGCAGCCCUGUCUCUCAGCACCCUGGCCAGCCCCAAGUGCAGCGGCAAUGCGGGCUCCGAGCCGAGCGACAUCAUCAUCCCCUUGCGGACUACGGAGAACAACUACUGCCCUCAUUACGAGAAAGUGAGCGGAGACUAUGGGCACCCUGUCUACAUUGUCCAGGAGAUGCCCCCACAGAGCCCAGCCAACAUUUACUACAAGGUUUGAGGACAAGCCUUGGCAGCCCCCCCCGCAAACCCCUGCAGGUGCGAGGGAGGGGGGUCUGAGUGCCUGGCAGCAGGGCGCCCUCUACGCCCUCCCCUCUCUGUUAGUAUUUAGCCUUGUAGUUUGGAGCUCUUAGGCCCAGGAUUUUUGCAGGAGGGAAGCCAUCCUCCUGCCCCCCCAGCCCGUUUUGUGGCCCUCACUUGGGCUCUGUGCCUUUCUCACCCUUGAACCCACCCAGGAAACCCCAAGAUGGCCACCACUUCGGUUGAGGGGGGGGGUAGAUCUUCCAGCACCUCGUUUUGUUACCAUACGCACUUUGGGGGGGGGGGGGAUUGGGAGAGGGCAGCCACACCGAGCCUGGCAUUUGAAAGGGAGGGGCAUGCCAGUCACCCGUGGGGCAAAGCUUUGGGUCUUGCUGAGAAAGGAAGCUGUCUGGCCCCACCUUUUAUACAUAUUAUAAUUCUAAAGUAUUUUUUGUAACUUUUUAGAAAAUUGUGAAAGAUUGGACUUGUGAGCUGCCUCCUGCGGUUUUCCAGCACAAGCUCUUCUGCAGUCUUUCCCCUGCCCGUGCCCCCAUCUUGGGGCUCACACUCUCCUCACUCGGGAUGGUCAUCCGCUGAUCCUCUGUAUCCGCUGUGAGGAAAGUGGACCGCUUUGUUUUUGGUCCUUUUUGCUAAUUUAUGAAACAAAAAAUGUUUUUUAAAUCUUGCAAAAUUUGCAGCGGUCAGUCUAGGAGAGAAUCCAGUUUCAGAAACUAAUGGGAAAACUAAUGGGGAGAGAGUUGGACCACUGUCCUGCUCAUGUGCACAGGCACAAUCCCUCUCCUGCGCUGGGGUGCCAAUGUGCGAGGGCAUAUUGAUGCCUUGUUAGGGUGGGAUCCCUGAGUUCCAAAUUCCAUUCUCCCUCAGCGGCCCAGAAGAGUGGGGUGGAGGGGGCGGCAUUCCUGGAGCGCCAGACCCCUCUCCCGCCUUUCUCUUCAUCGCUUCCAGAAAUCCUGCGGAAGGGGACUUGGCUCUUGGCCCUGCUCCUGGGAGUUCCAGGAGGAGGUAGCAAAGCAGACCUCUUGCCCGUUGCCCCUUGCUUGGAUCCACUCUCCUUCAUGCCCAACUGCAGGAUGUGGAACUCCCCCCCGCACCUCUUUGAUCCGGCCACAUGUCCUUGAGCUUUUCAUUGGUUCCCUUCCCACUAGUGGUAUUAAUUCUAGCUGUGGCUUCGGAGGCCUCCGGAGGCAGGUUGGUUUGCCCCGUGCCACUUCACAGGAGAGAGGCAGCCUCUCUGUGCACUAGAAGUGGAGCUUGGCUCUUCUGGCAGCAUCAGCCUCUCGUCGAGGUUGCUGAGGUUGGCGCAUGACCCUGCUUGUCCUUGUCACGCAACUGCUGGCCCUGGAGGUCUCACACCUCCGGGUCGGAAGGAGGUCUGUGUGCCAUUUGCCUCAUCCCCCCUCCAGCCCGCUCGGCUGCAGCACCCUGAGCUCCGUGCUGUUUUCCGUGGCCGGGUUGCCCCUGUCAUGCCAGAAGCCUUACUUUGCAUGGAGAGGAUGGUGUGUCUCUCUCUGGCUGAGUGCACGUACAUGUCUCGCCCUCCCCUCCCCUCCUUUUCAUGAGAGAUUCCUUCAUUGUACACAAUCGCAGUGCACCAUCUGCCCCAAGGUGGGCUGCCCGCCGUGGCCAGUCCCACAACUCCACCAUAGCCUUACUUCUGCUUCGUGGUUGAUGGCUCAAGUCUGUUUCCAAACCAGCCACACAGGCAGCCACUCUGGAGGACAUCCUGGGGCUGCAGAAGCAGCUGUAGCAUCUCAGUUGACACCAUGCUGUGCUCUUAAACCUGCCUGCCAGCCGCCCUCCCAUUUGGAGACAAACCUUUGCAAUAAGCUGGUCUGGGCAGAAGGGGUGGUGAGAUGCAAUCCUGCCCCCAGUGGCGCUCUCGAGCCCUCACUGGCUGACCAGUUGCUCUUCCCAAGAGACGGGUCUAUCUGGAGCCACUCUGCUUUGCCCCCUCCAGUCUUUCCCCGUCAGGAUCUCUAUGCAGGAUAUGAAAAGGGUGUGUCUGUCUCUGUCUGUCUGUCUGUCUGUCUGUGUAAGGGCUUAGGUAAUUGUGCACUUUGAGGCGUGUUCAGUGGAGAUCAGCCAAGGAUUCAGGUUUCUCAGGGCUCCACAGAUAAUCAACAGGUAUUUUUAGUAGUGGUAGUAGUAUUCUUUUUAAAAUGUAAACACUUUUGCAAGACUCCUCCCAUGUCCCAUUAUUAUCUUACGCCCCAACAGUAGGAUAACCUUUGUGUGGUGGGGGUUGCUGAAACCCUCAUCUCUGGCCUGGCGGCCAGGAGGGAAGCCCCCACUCCAGCUGCAGAUCCAGGGGGGCAGGGGAGGCGUUGGGUGGACCUCCUCUGUCUUUCCUGCAGCCCAGAUUUGCUUCUCGAAUCAGCUAGUUUUGUGCCGGUGCUCAGAUUUUGCAGUCUUCAGAACGGUUGUGCUUACAGAAGCUGAGGGAUCAGAGGCCCUGCAUGGCCACUUCUAAAAUUUGGAAGAAUGGACCCUAAUAGCGUUCGGGGCAUUCUCAGAAGGAGAACCACAUCCCCAGCACAAUCCAUCUGAAAAAGACAAGGGCAAUGUGGGGGGAAAGGGGAGGUUGAGUGGCUCCAACGCUUAAAUGUUUAAAUUUUACACAGGAUGCAGCAAAAAAUAGGGAGAGACAUAAGAUGCCAACUGCAGUUCUUAAUACAGGCUUUCAAGAAAACUAAUUUACAAUGUGAAUGUCAUAGGAAUUCCAUACGGUUUAUUUUUCUUUGUGUGGAGAAAUGGAAAACCCUUGCUGAUGUUCCCUUCCUGCUCAUGCCGACCAACAAAAUAAGAAACACGUGAUGAGUUCUGUGCAGUUACUUGCAUGCAAUUCAUUUUGUGCAGGGAAAUUUGCCUUGUGUGAAAUCCUCUCCAGUGUGACUUCUCCUAUCACACACACACACACACACAAACACACACACACACUUGCAGGUGGGGGGUGAGGGGGAGCCUUAAUUGCCAGGGGCAAGCAAGAUGGCAAAACCUUCAGCUCAAGUUGGGGGGUGGGGGGUUGGCUUGCUACUCCCCACCAUAAAAUGAACAAAGUAACUGAGCUGUGGGCAGCCACAUAAAUUUGUAAAAUGGUUGUUUGGGGUGAAAAUAUGCCUUUGGGGUCUUGGGGUUUUUAGCAUCUCUAAAAUGGUCCUUUUUUGUUCAUCUUUCUCCCAUCAAAAGGAUUUUUUAAAACAAAAUUUGAGGUUUUAUUUUAUGUAAAUAACCAGUCUUUUUGGAAGGUAUAAUGUAAAGAGGUUUUGUAUAAACUCUGGAUUAUUUUCUGGUUGCUUUUCUUAGAAAAAAUGAAAACAAAUUAAAAAAUAAGGGAAAAAUCAACCACAAGAACGGGUGUUAAAACAUUUGUCAUAUUACAGUCCAUCUACAUGCAGCUCAUCCAUCACAAAAGGACAUGUCUUGGACAUGCAACCAGCACGCUCUGCUCCUGAAUGCCCAUCCCUGCCCCCCCAGGCCUCCGGGGCUCACCAGAGGGGCUCAUUGAGACCCAGGCAGGAGAAUCGAGGCUGAAGCUCCACCAGGUCCAGGGGUGUUACGGCUCUGGAGCCCCUUUGGCAGGGGAGCCCUGCCCUUUCUUACCCUGGAGACCUCUGCUGGUGCCCAAGGGGGGGUGCGGUUUGCCUCCCCAUGGCUGGUGGAGGCCCCCAGGUCUGUGGGCUGGAGGGGGCGGCUUUCCACGCCCCUUGGUGUUGCCUCUGGGGGCUGCUGGGGCCUUGGCCCUCCAUAGGAUAUCCUGGGUUCAUACUGCCCAGCUGCCCGGCAGCUCUUUAGGGCUCUGCCAGCAUUUUAUCCCCAUGAGGCAGGUUGUGUGGGGUGGGGGGGCUAGCCUUUGCCCAGGCUGCCCCCGGCUGAAGCUUGGCAGUGAAAGCCAUUGUGGUGGGGCAGAGUUGGGGAAGGGGCACAGACGGCGUACGUGGGUCUCUGCAAGGACGUGUGGCUGAAGCCCCUCAUCCUCGGGGGGAGUGAGAGGGAGCACCCUUUGGGGCAGGCGAGGAGGGCAGGUCCAUUUCCCUUCCCCAGGAGUGGCCUGGGCAACCCAGCAGGCAGAGCCACGUUCACAGCUGGUCUGAGGGGCUGCAACUUGCCAGUGUUGCCAGCUGUGGGAAUGUACAUUGGUCCCAAAGGGAUUGGAUUCUGCCCCCCCCCCCCCCCGUUGCCUGGAAGGCUCCAUCUCGGAAGAGGGGCACGCUUUUUCCCUGGGCUUGGGCAAAUGCCAGCAUGCGGGCAACACUGGGCCUUUCCCGGUCAGUGCGGUGCUGUUCACAGUCUUGCUGGGCAGUCCAAGGGCUCAGGUUUCCUCUUGGUGAUUCCAAAUGUACUAGAACGGUGUGGGUUUUUUUUACUAUUGAUUCUGUCAUUUUUUAGGGAUUCCUUUGAUUCACUGCUUUCACCCAGUUGCCACAUCAUUGUCUUCAGUAAUAAUGGGAUAUGAGUUCCCUGGAGCCAUGAUGGAACAUGGUAUAUUGUUAAAUAAAAUAUUUUUUUCCUA